AAAAGGCCAACCAGGAGAGAAGGGGGCCCCAGGAGACGCCGGGAUGUCCAUCAUCGGCCCGCGUGGCCCCCCUGGCCAGCCAGGCACCCGAGGCUUCCCCGGAUUCCCGGGCCCUAUUGGACUGGAUGGCAGGCCGGGUUACUCCGGACCCAAAGGAGAGAUGGGCCCUCAGGGACAGAAAGGAGAAAAGGGCCAGUGUGGAGAGUACCCGCACCGGCUGCUGCCUCUUCUCAACUCCGUGCGCCUGGCUCCGCCCCCGGUCAUUAAGAGGCGCACCUUCCAGGGCGAGCAGGGCCAGACAGGCAGCCAAGGCCCCCCAGGCCCGCCGGGGCCCCCUGGACCAAGCGGCCUCCUGGGGCCCCCAGGACUGCCAGGCCCCAUGGGACCACCUGGCUUACCUGGACCUCCUGGACCCAAGGGAGACCCUGGAGUCCAAGGCUACCACGGCCGGAAGGGAGAAAGGGGCAUGCCAGGGAUGCCAGGCAAACACGGCGCCAAGGGGGCGCCAGGAAUCGCAGUGGCCGGAAUGAAGGGUGAGCCUGGGACCCCAGGAGCCAAGGGCGAGAAGGGGACUGCGGGUGCUCCCGGGCUCGUCGGGCUCCUGGGGCAGAAGGGAGAGAAGGGCGACGCGGGCAACGCCAUUGGAGGAGGCAGAGGGGAGCCCGGACCCCCAGGACUCCCAGGGCCCCCGGGGCCAAAGGGAGAAGCUGGCGCUGAGGGCCAGGCCGGGGCCCCGGGACAGCCAGGAAACAAGGGGGAGCCCGGAGCAGCUGGAGCGCAGGGACCCGCCGGCCCCCCGGGUGCCAAGGGGGAGCCAGGCAAAGGCGAGAUGGUGGGCUACAACGGCAACAUCAGCGAGGCGCUCCAGGAGAUCCGCACGCUGGCCCUGAUGGGCCCCCCUGGUCUUCCCGGGCAAAUCGGCCCACCUGGCGCUCCAGGGACCCCAGGUCAAAAGGGGGAGAUCGGGCUGCCGGGGCCUCCAGGCCACGACGGGGAAAAGGGACCUCGAGGCAAACCCGGAGACAUGGGCCCGCCGGGCCCCCAAGGCCCCCCAGGAAAGGCCGGGCCUGCAGGCACCAAGGGAGAAAGCGGACAGACGGGGAGCCCGGGAGAGAAGGGGGCCACGGGGGAGCCGGGCCAGGCGGGCUCGCCGGGCCUGGAUGGCCCAACUGGGGAGAAAGGAGAACCAGGCAGCCCAGGGAGACCAGGGGCCACAGGACUGCCCGGCCCCAUCGGGCUGCCGGGAUUCACGGGAGAGAAAGGAGAGCCCGGGGAGAAGGGGGACUCGGGAGCAGAGCUUCCUGGGCCACCUGGGCCAGAAGGGCCUCCCGGACCUCCUGGCCUCCAGGGUGUUCCUGGACCAAAGGGGGAAGUGGGACGGGAAGGAGCGAAGGGAGAACAAGGCAUCCAGGGAGAAAAAGGAGACCGAGGGGCGCUGGGCCUCCCCGGAGCUUCAGGUUUGGACGGCAGGCCUGGGCCACCGGGUACUCCGGGACCAACUGGAGUUCCAGGCCCAGCGGGACCAAAGGGAGAGAGGGGCAGCAAAGGCGACCCCGGAAUGACAGGACCAACGGGAGCAGCCGGGCUUCCUGGUUUACACGGACCACCUGGGGACAAAGGAAACCGGGGACACCGAGGUUUUAAAGGAGAGAAAGGGGAGCCGGGGUUGCCGGGGCUGGACGGACUGGAUGCCCCGUGCCCGCUGGGCGAAGACGGCUUACCCGUCCAGGGCUGUUGGAACAAGUGAUGCCUCUAACCUGGGAUUGGCCUGAGUGUGUGUUUGUACAUAGAAUAUUUAUUUUUAUACAGUUUUCACUCUCUGAAAAUGCCAGAAGGAUGAUGCAUCUUACAGAUUAUUAAAAAAAGA